GACGGCAAGGCACAGCUACCAGCCAGUCCACCGCGUCCCUCGCACUCUCGCAGACAUCCCGCGUUCACCGCCACUGUUUCUCUCUCUAAACCCCACCGCUCAAAGACUCCACACACUCUCUCCUCCUCUCCUCCGAUUCUCCCGCAGAUUUCCAAAUCCGCUUCAAUCUCGCAGCCGUUCAGUUUCUGAACAAAAGCGUCCGAUGAUCUCUCUAGAUCGGGAGUGUUCCUGAGCACCAUGAGCUGAUCCAGUGUUAUCUGCACUUGAAACCCUGGGUUUCGGAUUUGAUCUCGAUGAAGUCGCUUCCCUUCCUGAUUCUGUACUUCGCCGCGAUCGCCGCCGGAGAUAACUCCACCUUCAGCCCCCGCGACUACAUUCUCCUCGACUGCGGAGCGUCCGGCCAGAGCAAAGAUCAAGAUGGCCGGACUUGGGACGGCGACACCGGAUCCAAAUACGCUCCGCUGUGGCUGAACAGCGCCGGCUCUCAGGCGUCGAACCAGGACUCAUCCGUUCCUCAGUAUCCAUACCUCACGGCUCGUGUCUUCACAUCGCCUCUCACCUACUCCUUCCCCCUCGGCGCCGGCCGUAAGUACGUUCGGCUCUACUUCUACCCAUCUAACUACUCCAACCACGCGGCCGCAGAUGGCAUCUUCUCCGUCACCGCCGGACCCAUCACUCUCCUCCACAAUUUCUCCGCUUAUCAAACCGUCGCAGCGCUCAACUACGCUUACCUGAUUCGGGAGUUUUCAGUCAAUGUGUCUUCUACUGGUCUCAACCUCACCUUCACGCCAUCGAAGAACUACUCCAACUCCUAUGCUUUCAUCAACGGUAUAGAGAUUGCUUCCAUGCCGGAUUUAUUUUCUGCAACUACUCCUCUGCUGGUUACAGGCGGAACACCACUUCAGUACCCGAUUCCAGACGAUUGGGCAAUGGAAACUGUUUAUCGGCUAAAUGUGGGCGGGCAGGCGAUAUCCCCAGCUGGAGAUUCUGGUUUGUAUAGAUCUUGGGCAGAUGAUUCAUUAUACAUCUAUGGAGCUGCGUAUGGAGUAACCUACUCCGCCGAUCCAAAUGUGACUAUUCAGUACUCGACCAGUUUGCCGGAGUAUAUAGCUCCGACGGAUGUUUAUUCGACGGCGAGAUCGAUGGGUCCUGAUCCCACCGUGAGCAAGAACUACAAUCUGACAUGGAUUCUGAGCGUUGAUGCCGGGUUCUUCUACCUCGUCAGGCUUCAUUUCUGCGAGAUACAGUACCCCAUCACCAAGAUUAAUCAGAGAGUUUUUGAUAUCUAUCUAUCCAAUCAGACAGCGCAGGAACAAGCAGAUGUGAUUGCAUGGAGCGGUGGGAUUGGUAACCCUGUGUAUAGGGAUUAUGUCGUCCCUACCUCAGGAUCAGGGAUAAUGGAUUUAUGGGUAGCUCUCCAUCCUGAUCUCCGAACCAAGGCCGAAUACUCCGAUGCGAUAUUGAAUGGAAUGGAGGUUUUUAAGUUGCAGAACAGUGAUAACAAUCUCGCCGGGCCAAACCCUGACUUUUUACCACAGACAGAUUAUGAACCCGGGAAGAUUUUAAAGAAUCAGAACUCCAAUUCUAAAAAAACUCCGAUGAUUGUCGGUGGGGUAGUUGGCGUCGCCGCCAUUAUCGCCCUUGCAAUCCUGUUGCUUGUUAUUUAUAAAAGAAAGAAGAAGGGGAAGAAAGCGAAGGAUGCUGGCACAAGUGAUGGACCUUCUGGUUGGCUCCCUCUUUCACUGUAUGAAAACUCGAAUUCUGCUGCUUCGGCGAAGACGAACACGACGGGGAGCUACGCCUCGUCGUUACCGUCGAACCUCUGCCGCCAUUUCUCCUUCGCCGAGAUCGAAUCUGCCACCAAUAAGUUCGACGAAACCCGUCUGCUCGGAGUUGGUGGAUUCGGGAAGGUAUAUCGCGGCGAGUUUGAUGACGGCACGAAGGUGGCGAUCAAGCGAGGAAAUCCAAUGUCGGAGCAAGGCGUUCAUGAAUUCCAAACCGAGAUCGAGAUGCUCUCCAAGCUCCGCCACCGCCACCUCGUCUCCCUGAUCGGAUACUGCGAGGAGAACAGGGAGAUGAUCCUCGUAUACGACUACAUGGCUCACGGAACCCUCCGCGAGCAUCUCUACAAAACUCAGAAGCCACCAUUGCCAUGGAAGCAGCGGCUCGAGAUCUGCAUCGGCGCUGCGAGAGGACUGCACUACCUCCACACCGGAGCCAAGCACACCAUCAUUCACCGCGACGUCAAGACGACCAACAUUCUCCUGGACGAGAAAUGGGUGGCCAAGGUCUCCGAUUUCGGGCUGUCGAAAACCGGCCCGACCGUCGACAACACUCACGUCAGCACGGUGGUGAAGGGGAGCUUCGGCUACCUCGACCCCGAAUACUACCGGCGGCAGCAGCUGACGGAGAAAUCCGACGUCUACUCCUUCGGCGUCGUGCUGUUCGAGGUCAUCUGCGCGCGGCCUGCCCUGAAUUCUUCCCUCCCGAAGGAGCAGGUCAGCCUGGCGGAAUGGGCUUUGCAUUGCCAGAAGAAGGGGAUGCUGGACCACAUCAUCGAUCCGUAUCUGAAGGGGAAGAUUGCGCCGCAGUGCUUCAAGAAGUUUGCGGAGACGGCGGAGAAGUGCGUGUCGGAUCAGGGAAUCGAUCGGCCGGCGACCGGAGAUGUGCUGUGGAAUCUGGAGUUUGCUCUGCAGCUGCAGGAGAGCGCGGAGGAGAGCGGGGUGUUUAUGGUGGAUGAAAGCUUGGAGGUCGUGGAUGGGGGGAAGAAGGAUGUGGAUGAUCCGUCCAUGGAGUCGAGGACGACGACGAUGACGACGAGCUCGACGAUGAGCAUGGGUGGCCGGAGUAUUGUGAGUGAGGACUCAGAUGGGCUCACCCCCAGUGCGGUUUUCUCUCAGAUUAUGAACCCCAAGGGACGGUGAGGCCUGCCGGGGCUGCAUGCACUAGAGGUUCUUACCUUCAUCUCUGAAUAUUUAGUUUUGAGAAUGCGCCGAACAAAUUCUAGUUUUAAGAUGCCAUUACUGAUUUUGGUGGCUUUGGAGAUUGUUGUAGUUGUGACUUGGGAGGCUGUUUUAUGAUGGCCAAUAUUUUUAGGGGAUAAUUACAUUUUGAGCACAAUAAAUAUUGUUAUUUACAAAUCAAGCGCAGACGCAUUUACACGAGUGCCACUAUCAAAUCAUUGUCAAUUCGAUAAAAAUGAAAACUAAAGGUUGGGGACCUUUGAUAUUUGAGUGGGAAUUUGAAAAAUGGAUGAAAGAGAUUGCUUGAUUUGUAAACAGCAAUGUUUUGGGUGCCCUGUAUGUAAUUGCCCCUGAUUUUAUUAGGGCGGUCUUGCCUCGUGUUCUGCUUGUUCAAAAUUGAUUGUGUUCAAAAUUGGCUCGUAUUUGAAAGUGCUAGUGAACAUUAUGUUCGUGUUCUGCUCGAGUUAAA